AUGAAUUUUAAGUGCUUUCAAGAUAAUAACAACACUACAAAUAAUGAACCUGUUGAAAACCCUAACAUGAAAAAACGUAAAUUAGAUGGUAAUAGUAAAUUUGUAACGCUUGAAAAUAAAGAACAUCCAUUACAAAUUUUUCAAAAUAGUCCAAAGAUAUACUAUGGUAGUACAUCUAACUGUUUUAAAUCUCAAAAACAGUAUGAUGGAUUAUUAAACUCUGAUAAAGCGAUAAAUGACCAAAGUGAAAAUAAAAAUUGUAUAGAUAUUAUAAUAUAUAAAGAUAACAAUGAUUUACUGAAUAAGAUUUAUAAUUAUUAUACUGAAAUAUUUAAUAUGUAUCUAAUUUCUAUAAAAAAUUUAAAUAACAAUCCUGUAUUUCAAAAUGAAAGAGUACAAUUUAAUAACCAACAAUUGACAAAUUUAGAUAUAUUUUUGGAUUUUUUUAAAGAGAUUCUAGGUCAUGGUAAAUCUUUAUUUGACAAAGCCAAAAAUGAGAAAAUUUCAAUUCCAAAAAAAGAUUUCUUUUUUGGAAAUAUAGACAAAAAAUUUCUAUCUGAAUUAUCAAAGCUUAAAACCCUAUAUGAUUCGAAGGGAAGAACCAUAAACAAUAGCAUUGAACGUCAUAUAAAAAAUAUAGAAGAGAAUUCUUUUUUUAAAGAAUCUUCAUGUGAGUCCAUUAAAAGAUUAAUAAUAGAAUGCAAUAUGUUUAUAAAAGAGGUAGUAAAGCAUUUCAUGUAUUUUAAAUCGGCUGUUUACUUGAAUGAGAAAAAUUUAAGUUUAAUUUAUUAUGAAUGUAAAGAUAUCUCACAAAGAUUUGCAGUUAUUUCACGAGAUGUACAUCUAGAAUGUAUUGUUGUAAUUAUAAAAAUGCUAAUUGAAAGAUUAGAACACUUUCGAGAUUUUUUAGGUAAGAUAAAUCGUAAUUUAAUUAUGUUUUUUAAUUCUGUGGCAUGUUUGUCUACAGAUAUUAAAUGGUUAAUUUCCUCUUUAAAAGACAUUAUGGAUAGUAUUGAUAAAAAAUAUGAAUGUAGAGAGCUUAACUAA